AUGUCAGCUCCCGGAGGUCCCCCUGGGCCUGGCGCCCCGCGUCUAUUGACAGCCAUCGAACGCAGGAAGGCAAUCAACGCCCUGCGAGACCGGCUCCGACCCAACGUCACCGACCGCACGUUGCUGGAGACAUACCUCGCUUCCACAGACUGGAAUAUCGAGGACGCCUAUAACUUGUGGCAGGUGGACAGAGCUAGGAUCCUUGCUGGCCGCGACGAUGCGCAAGACUCCAGCUCCAGCACGGAAUCAGACUCUGAAGACGAAGGCGAAGAGAGAGAGGAAGAGGAAGAACAAGACGGCGCAGGCUCCUCAAGUUCUUCAAGCUCCUCGAGUUCCUUAAGUGAUAUACCCCGUGCUCCUGCUGCUGCUGCUGCCGGAGAAGAUGACGAUGAUGAAAAAGAUGAAAAAGACGGGGAAGAGGAAGAGGAAGAAGAAGAAAGUAAAACGUUGGGGGCUAUGCGCGGAAACCAAGUCAGCCGCCGUUUCAAUGCCAACUUAGAACAAGAGCGUCGGGACGCGGCCCUCGCACUUCGCCUGCAUUACGAAUCCGAAACAGAAGACUCAACAACCUUGAGUCCUUCAGAGGCAAUACUUCUUCUCCAUGUCAACAUGUGGGAUCUUGGCGAGGCCAUCGACAGUUUCACAACAUUGGAGGACAUUCGACUCCAGCUUAGCGACUUUGACCGGAUGCGUACGAGCCUGCCAAUGGAAAUCGACCCUGACGAGGUCGACAUCAUGAGAGAACAAGAUGAACGGCUGGCAGAGUUCGUAAACAUCACUGCACGGCCUGACUGGUACUCCCUGCGUGCGGUGCUGCAGGAUCAUAAUUGGAAUUUGAUUGAGGCUGUCUCAUUCUGGUUCUUUCGUGGGGUGCCUCCCGUUCGACCCCCCACGAGAGAGGUUCAAAAAUCCACCAAGGAGGAUCCUGACGGGAAGAAAUUCGACUUCGGCAUCCGUGUCAACAUCAACGAGAAAUCAAUGAAAUGGCCAACGGCGAAGCAGUGUGAAGUGCCUCCGGAGGUUUUCAUGGACGACGGUUGGGGUGUGGAACCGGAUCAAUACACCCCUGAUGACGCUGCCGACACAGAAGACACCGGUAAGAAGAGCAAAAGAGGCAAAAAACCCCAAAAGGUCAAAAAGCCCGACAAGCGCGGUGCUGAAGGUUUUCUCAUCAACAUCGACGGUGAUGUAAAUGAAAGAGCUCACGUAGGUUGUCCGAAUCCAGCCAAAUUCCUCGUCGAGCACAUCUCCAGGGGGAAAUACACCUUCAAACGCUUCAAACAGAGCGCAAGGUUCCAAUGGCCAGGCCUUACCAAGGGAAAGGCCUCAGUGCCUCAGUCAGGUCAAGACUUGUUUGACUUUGAGGACGGGUCGCACGUCCAGUUGCUGAACAAUUGGCGUCGACAAGCGAUUGGCAGAACAAUCAAAAGCUCCAGGAACGAGCCCGGUCAACCAUGGUGCAAGGAGGAGGACGAUUAUUUGAUCAAAUUGUCCGAGGACCUCUUGGAAGAAAAGCGUAAAUCGUCGAAGCCCCCCAAGAGCAAGAAAUUGCUAGUCAGCAACGCGAAGAAAGAGGAGUGGGCUGAGGCGUUCAACAAGACAUUCACUGGCACGAUCCAGGCAGAUUCGAAGGCGCCGCGCACUGACCGGACAGUAGGGGCCAUCAUGCAACGGAGAAGCCGCAUCCAGGAGCUGGUCGACCGGUUUCACGUCAAGCCAGACAACAAAUACCUUGCGAAACUGAAGCAGAAGGCUGGCCAGAAGCGCAAGCGCUCGGACCUUUCUGACGACGAAGACGCAGACCAGUCCCACGUGGCCACCCAUGGCGAGGACGACCCCGAGGAGGAAGACGUUCCAAUGGAUAUCUCGUCAGACGACGAUGAAGGGGACGCUCCCAUGGAUCUUUCAGACUAA